AUGAUAAAGUCCCAAGCCCUGGCCGACUUCAUCGCCGAGUGGACUAAAAUCGAAGCCCCAACCCUAGAAAUCUCCCACGAGUACUGGACCCUCUACUUCGACGGGUCGGUCAUGGGACCCGGCGCGGGGGCCGGGGUCUUCUUGAUCUCCUCAGAAGGAGGCAAGUUCCAGUACGCGGUCCGUCUCCAUUUCCCUGCAUCCAACAACGUUGCAGAGUAUGAAGCACUCAUCAGCGGCCUCCGCAUAGCCAUGGACAUCGGGGCAACCCGCCUGUAUGUCUACGGCGACUCCAAGAUGGUAAUUGACCAAGUCAUGAAGAACUCCAACCGCGAGAGCCCUCUCAUGGACGCGUACUGUCAGGAAAUCCGCAAGCUAGAAGGGAGAUUCCGGGGUCUGGAGCUCCACCACAUCCCAUGGAAGCAAAACCCUGAUGCGGAUGCUCUCGCAAAGAUCACUGCCGAGCGCAAGCCGGCACCCAACGGCGUCUUCAUCAACAACUUGGAUGCGCCGUCGGCGUGA